AUGAAGAAAUACAAGCAAGCAAUAUCACAACAGCAAGUACCACCAGAGCAUCUCCAAAUUCUCAAACCACAGGGUUUCCGGAGCAAAUCACUAGAAAAAGAAAGGACGGAGCAGAAAGCAAUGGAACCAGCCGUUCGACAUGCACAGGACAGCACCCAGAAAGAAAUAGUCACCAAAGAGAUACUGUCGCUGAACACAUAUAAUGAAGCAAUGGAGAAGUAUCAGCUUGCUGUAUCCAAGCAGUAUGAGCCUACACAAGUGUCUUCCAAAGAUUUUACCUUCCGAAGCAAGGCACUGAAACGUGCAAGCACUGACGAUGAAGUAUCCGUUACACAAGAAAGCAUCCAGGAGGAAGAUGCGCCUGCUAAAGAACGAUUGUCACUGAACACUUACAAUGUAGCACUUGAAAGUUACAAGAAUGCGAUUGCCGCGGAGGAGGAGGCGAACAAACCACGUACAAUUGCCCGCCACACUGAAUCAUCUCAUCUCCAUCAUCAUUCCUGGGAGUCAGUGGAUGCCAGCAAAUCUGCACAUCAUGGAAAAUAUGCAACAGCGAAUGAACAGCAACAGACUGAAAAAGCUUUCCAGCAGCAACAAUACGAACAGGAACAAAAACAUCGAAGUGUUUCCGAAGGACGCCAACCAGCUGCCGUAGUUAUACCUCCGAUCUUUUCACAAAACGUCUCCGAUUCCAGCCCCGCUAGCACUACCACUACUACGACUACCUACAAAACUGGUACCAGUUAG